AUGUCCGACAACGGCGAUGAUGGAGGCUUAGGCGCCGAUAUUCCCGAGGAGGAUGUCUUUGAAGCCGAGGACGACGACCUCAUCGACGAAGCACCUGAGCCCGAACUCGAUGUCGAAGUGGACGCCGACGAGGACGCAGAUGGAGACAAUGUGGUGACGAUCGGUGACCCGAAUCAGCAAGCGGGCGGUAACCCUCGUCCGACAACCGAGGCCGACAAGAAGAUACCCGACGAGAAAAGGGCAACGACGCCGUACAUGACCAAGUAUGAGCGGGCGAGAGUGCUGGGGACGAGGGCGUUGCAGAUCAGCAUGAAUGCGCCGGUGUUGGUGGACUUGGAGGGCGAGACGGACCCGCUACAGAUUGCGAUCAAGGAGCUGAAUCAGAAGAAGAUUCCACUCAUCAUUAGGCGGUAUUUGCCCGAUGGAUGGUACGAGGACUGGAGCUGUGAGGAGCUGCUGUGA